UGGAGCGGCCAGAACUUCCCCGGCCGUCACUUGCUUUAUUCCUCUCGUGGGUACUUCCGCCCUUUCCUUGCCGUUGUCACAAUGGGGUGGGCGCUUCUGCUGCUAUGGCCAAUUGCAGGGCUCCUGCUGAUGGCCCCUGUUGGGGAAGGCACCAUUCAGCCUAAAUGUGAUAUGUAUGCUUUGCCUGGAUGCCCAAGGAACUUUAACCCAGUUUGUGGAACGGAUGGAGAAACGUAUGCAAAUGAGUGCAUGCUUUGUAUGACGAACAGAGAGUAUGCCAAGAAUAUACAAAUUGCCUAUAAGGCAUCAUGCUCAUGAGAAUAGCUUCAAAGAAGAGGACAUAUGUAAUCUGCAGUGACAUUAAAACUGUAUUUGAAGUGUGCCAUCCAGGCUAUUAACUGAAGCAAGCUCAUUUAUCUUUAUCGAGCUUUUGAAAUUGCUUUAUUACAUGUUCUUGCUGAAAGUACAGGUGUAUUAUUUUCUUUUUGAAGCUUCAGAUCCCGUCAUUUAAUCAAGUUACUCUCUCAGGGGCUUUCAAGCAACAAUAUACAAGCAUGUUCCAUUUUCCUCACAAUAAUAUUUUAA